AUGAAUUCCUUUUCAUCUGAGCUUGGCCUUCAGUUUGGAAGUACUCUGGAAGCUCCUCAUGUCAUUGAUGUUUGGCCUACUAUUAUUUCUACUGGCCCUGGUAAUGUGCCAUUGAAUGCAAGUUAUAAGACAGCAGGUGAAUAUGCUUCCCAGAAGAAAUUUUCAGAAGUGUGCCAGGUGGGUGCCUUGUGUUUUUCCCAAGUUACAAGUAAAUGGGGAAGUUAUGCAAGCGUUGGCGUGAAACAGGACAACGAGCCGGGUGGAGGAGAGCAGGAGGAAUUUGAGUUUGUACUGAAGAGUUAUUAUGAUUCAAUUAGUUGGGGCAAAAAGCCUGUUUUUGGCAGAAUUAAAGGAGCUAACAAGAAAUUAACACAAAGUAGCUUCACUGCAGUCAAGUGUGCCCAAAAGAAUAACAUUGAUGGAGCUGCCUUACUGGCUGUGUGCCGGGGAAAGGUUUCUGAAGGAAUCGACUUCACAGAUGACAAUGCUCGGGCAGUGAUAAUUGUGGGAAUUCCAUUUCCCAACAUGAAUGAUAUUAAGGUUUCCUUAAAGAAGAAAUACAAUGAUGCAUAUAAGUCAUCCAAGGGCUUUUUGAGUGGAAAUGAAUGGUACUGUCAUCAGGCUUUCCGAGCUUUAAAUCAAGCUGCAGGACGUUGUAUACGACAUAGAUUUGAUUAUGGAGCUGUCAUCAUAUUAGAUGAACGUUAUCAGGUAGGAAGAAAUACAGCAUAUGUGUCAAAGUGGCUUAAGAAAUCGAUGAGACAGUAUGAAAGCUUCAACACGUCAAUGGAGGAAUUAAAAUCCUUUUUCAGCAGUGUCAAGAGUUCUGACACUAGAGAGAGUCAUUCUUUCUUUGAGAAAUCAGAGUUUGAAUAAAGCUGAUCAUGAGGGACAGACAAAAACUUAUGAAGGCAGGCACGAUUCUCUACUGACAUCUCAAGGUGGUGUUGAUGCUGAACCUAGCAAGGACUUUAUCAGUAUUGAAUCUACUUCGCAGAAAGAUUU